UUUCAAUGUUUUUUAAUGUCUCUGUUGGCUCUUGCCAGAUGUUCAGGCUCUGUUGCUCCCAUCCCACCCUGACCAAGAUCACGAGGCACCCACCAGACUUCCACACUCCUCUCCACCCAGCCUGCAGCUGGAGCCACACCCCAUCUCCCAGGACCUAUGCUGGUACUGCUACUCUUUCUAGAUAAGAGUAAUUUUUUUAGAAUAUUGGCUUUCUCUCCCUUAAAGGAUUCAGAGUUCAGGUAUUUAAGAGAUUAUGGCAACUGAGGCCCACAAUGUUAAAAAACGAACCUUUUGUAAUAAUAUUGAGGAUCAUUCCACUGAUCUUCCUAGAAAAAGGAUCUCUAAUUUUACUAAUAAGAACAUGAAGGAGGUUAAGAAAUCUCCAAAACAGUUGGCUGCUUACAUAAAUAGAACAGUUGGACAAGCUGUGAAAAGCCCAGAUAAACUACGUAAAGUGAUCUAUCGCAGAAAGAAAGCGCAUCAUCCUUUUCCAAAUCCUUGUUAUAGAAAAAAACAGUCCCCUAGAAGUGGGGGCUGUGACAUGGCAAAUAAAGAAAACGAACUGGCUUGUGCAGGUCACCUACCUGAAAAAUUACGCCAUGAUAGUCGAACAUAUUUGCUUAACUCCAGUGAUUCUGGUUCUUCACAGACAGAAAGCCCAUCAUCAAAAUAUAGUGGGUUUUUUUCUGAGGUUUCUCAGGACCAUGAAACAAUGGCACAGGUUUUGUUCAGCAGGAAUUUGAGAUUGAAUGUAGCUUUAACGUUCUGGAGAAAGAGAAGUAUAAGUGAACUUGUAGCCUAUUUGGUGAGGAUAGAAGAUCUUGGAGUUGUCGUGGAUUGCCUUCCUGUGCUCACCAAUAGUUUACAGGAGGAAAAACAGUACAUCUCACUUGGCUGCUGUGUAGAUUUGUUGCCUCUAGUCAAGUCCUUACUUAAAAGCAAAUUCGAAGAAUAUAUAAUAGUUGGUUUAAACUGGCUUCAAGCAGUCAUAAAAAGGUGGUGGUCAGAACUAUCAUCCAAAACAGAAAUUAUAAAUGAUGGAAAUAUUCAGAUUUUAAAGCAGCAAUUAAGUGGAUUAUGGGAACAGGAAAAUCAUCUUACUUUGGUUCCAGGAUAUACUGGUAACAUAGCCAAGGAUGUAGAUGCUUAUUUAUUGCAGUUGCAUUGAGAGACUAUCUACUAAAAAGAGCAUUUGAUUAUUCAAAACGUCCCCAGACUAAGAUUUCCAAAAAAAAAAAAAAAAAAAGUCUCCUUUGAGAACUGUGAACUGUGGAAGAAAUCAAAACUUUUUUUUUUUUCUUAAAAAGCCACACGUGAAACCACUAAUGAAACCCUAACAAUCUGCUUCACAUUGAAGUGGAAAAAUGUACAAAAGGAGCAGCUUCAACUUCAAUGAGGUGAAAGUGCACUAUGAAGAUUGUUCCCCUUUGCUGCAUUUGGGACUUAUAUGGUUAUUUGGUAACAUUGUUUAAGAACUACUGGGUCUUAAUGCAAUACUGCAUAAGAAUAUAAUUUAUACUAUGACAGAAAGAAGACAGUACUUAUCACUAGGAAUCACAAAGACCAAUCAUCGUUACUUUUUUGAAGAUUGUGUUUUAUAAGAAAACACUUAAGUGUGUGCAGCUAUUUUCUUAUUUUGAAAAGACUUUGCAAGUUUAAAACAUCAUAGAAAAUAAUCAGUACUAGAAAUUUGUUGUCCACACUGAGAUACUGUGUAUACAAGAUGCCUUAAUUAUUAAUAAGCCAAUGUGUAUGAUAUGAAUAUCUGUUUAAAAAAUUAACAUCAAACAUGCUCUGGCAUGAUAAAAUCAUGGAAUUAAAUCAGGGGUUUCCAUUCAUGUAGAACGUUGUUGCUAAAACUUACUCCAUACCAUUUUUAAAACUUGAGAAUAUUUUUAGUAUCUCUGAUUUUUCUUUGCCAGAAUCAUUGUGUCAUGUAUGUAUGUGUUAUUCCUAUAUAAAAGAAAAGGUGAAUAUGUAUUUGUAUGAAUGCUUAACUAGAAAUGUCCGUGGAGUUAGCUAAUUUAUAUUCACUUUUUAUUGUAUAUAGAUUUCUAAUAUUUUCAGUUCUGUAUCAUUUAAGCUUUCUUCAUUUGAGUAAAUUCACUAAAUAUUUCUA